UUGGUGUGUGCUUAUCUGUCAGACAGGCGUAAUUCCUUACGAUGGAGUCCUUUACAGGUACGAGAUCUACGCAAGACGUCCGGUUUUCAGUUAAAAGGCCCAAACAGAACAAAAACCCAAAUCGUUGUUUUGACUGUUUCCAUUUCCAUUCCCUCCUCGGUUUAUGCGUUCCAUCAAACGCGCAAACAAACACUCCCUCUCUUGUUCUGACUUCGUCACCAUCACAAACCUUCGCUUAGGGCUAAUCCUCUCUCUCUCUCUCUCUCUCUGCAAUCUGGAUCUCACACAGUGAUUGAAUCCAAAUUAUGAUGGAGAAGGCUGAUCCUGCACAGAAGCUAUACACGCGAAUGCGUCUCUGGGAGUUUCCAGAUCAGUAUGUUGUUGAGCCCACUGAUGGUUCUGCUGGUUCCUGUGUGGCAAUUAGUCGGGUUGAUGGAUCAAUGAGUCUUAUUGAUGACAUUCCACAAUGCAGCUCUCUUCGGGUUCCGAAAAUUCGGACAAUCUUUGGUGUAGUUGGGAUGUUAAAGCUCUUGGCAGGGUCAUAUUUACUAGUUAUAACAGAACGUGAAUGUGUUGGAUCUUACCUUGGGCAUCCGAUCUUCAAAGUUUCAUCAUUGAAGUUCUUUCCCUGUGAUCACUCUCUUAAAAAUUCCCCUGAAGAACAGAAAAAGAUGGAGACUGAGUUUUCUGGGCUGCUAAAUAUUGCAGAGAGGACUCCUGGUCUGUAUUUCUCAUAUGACGUCAAUUUAACACUGAGUGCACAACGGUUGCAUGAUUUGGGAGAUGAAUCAAAGUUGCUUCCUCUUUGGAGACAGGCAGACCCAAGGUUUUUCUGGAACAACUAUAUGUUGGAAGUGCUUAUAGAUAAUAAGUUAGAUCCAUACUUACUUCCUGUUAUCCAAGGGAGUUUUCAGAAUUUUCAAGCAGCCAUUGGAAAAGAUAUUAUUGAUGUUACUCUGAUUGCACGGAGAUGUACUAGGAGAACUGGCACUCGGAUGUGGAGAAGAGGAGCUGAUUCUGAUGGGUAUGUCGCAAAUUUUGUUGAAAGUGAACAAAUCAUGCAGUUGAAUGGACAUACUGCAUCAUUUGUGCAGGUUCGAGGGUCAAUUCCAUUAGUUUGGGACCAAAUUGUUGAUUUGACAUAUAAGCCUAAGUUUGAAGUUAUGAGACAUGAAGAAGCACCUCGAGUAGCUGAGCGACAUUUUCUAGAUUUAAGAAAAAAGUGGGGAAAUGUCUUAGCUGUUGAUCUUGUCAACCAGCAUGGAGGUGAGGGACACUUAAGUGAAAAAUAUUCCAAUGCCGUGCAGCCUAUUGUUGGUGAUGAUCUGAGAUAUUUGCACUUUGAUUUUCACCGGAUUUGUGGACAUAUACAUUUCGAGAACCUCUCAAUCCUUUAUGAUCAAAUUGAGGAUUUCAUCGUCAAAAAUAGGUAUCUUCUGUUAAAUGAAAAAGGUGAGAAAGUUGAGGGGCAACUUGGAGUUGUAAGGACCAAUUGUAUUGAUUGCUUAGACCGUACAAAUGUUACCCAGAGCAUGAUUGGUCGAAAUAUGUUGGAGUUUCAACUUAGAAGGAUUGGUGUUUUUAGUGCUGAUGAAACUAUUAGCACACAUCCAAAUUUUGAUGAAAGAUUUAAAAUUUUGUGGGCUAAUCAUGGGGAUGAGAUCAGCAUCCAGUAUUCUGGUACUCCUGCUUUGAAAGGAGAUUUUGUCAGAUGUGGCCAGCGGACAAUGCAAGGUAUUCUUAAUGAUGGCCGGAAUGCCCUUGCUCGCUAUUACCUGAAUAAUUUUUGUGAUGGGACAAAACAGGAUGCAAUUGAUCUCCUGCAAGGACAUUACAUUGUUUCUGUUACCCGUGACAUGACUCCCACAUCUAAGAAAGGAGGCCUUGAGACUGUUGCUUCCUUUCCGCUGGCUUUAGCAUUGGUCAUGACUGGGCUCUUACUUGCAACCAUGUCGUUGAGGCAAGUUCGAUAUGAUCUUUGGCACUUAUUCUUUUCAAUAAUGUGGGCGAGCCUGAGUAUGGGUAUAGCAGCAGUUGUGAGGGCCAAUGGCCGGAUUUUCUGUAAUCGGCCUCGUCUGCACAAACCUCGGUGUUGAUCAUUGGUUCAGAUCGUUUCGGCCAGCAUGGAAUAUUCUUUGCUGCUUAUUAUUCAUUCUUUAAUCUUAUUCUUUGUAGUCCACGUAUUUUUUACUUGUCCAUGGGUCAGAUUCAAAAGUUUGAUGAUGGGCAAUUCGCGCUAUGCUCCUUUUUGUAUCAACAGAUUAAUUUUCCGGCUCAUUCAAGUCACGUUUAGUGGUACUUUACAGGAAUGCUGUUUAUAGAUGCAAUUGUAAUUGUCAAGUAUAUUCAAAAAUCGUGUUUAUUAUAAAAUUUAAAAUUUUGAUUUGAA